ACUUCACGACAAGUUGUCGACAACUCUAGCUUUUGCAACUUUUAGCUACAGGUUUUUACAUUAAAGUGUGUUAAUUAUCAAUAAUUUAAUAGAAAGUCUGUGUUAAGUGCUGUAAUAGUAAUUUAUUUUAUUUUAUUUAUAAUAUUGGUAACAGGUACAUUCGGAUCUCUUAUAUUGCCCCAAAUAUUAGUAGAGAAUUUCAAAAAUCAGCUGUCAAGUAAUCAGCUGAUUUUUAAUUAUUUACUUAUUAAAUUAUUGUGUAUUUAUAUUUACGUUCGUUGGAAAUUGAUGAUAGUGUGUUGUAAAUAAAAUAAGUUUGUUAUUCUAAUAAUUAAAAAAUGACUGCGAAAAUAUAUCAGCCAGAUCCAGAGUUUGAGCAACGAGUUAAAAAAGCAACUGAACGAAUAUCUGAAAAUAUGCAUAUUGUUGCCAAUGAACCAUCAUUAGCAUUUUAUCGUUUACAAGAGCAUGUGAGAAAAGCAUUACCACCAAUGGUUGAAAAACGUGUUGAAGUACUUGCACUUAAACGACAAUUGCAAGGAAGGUGUUAUGAUGUUGAAUAUGCUGUAAGUGCUGUAAAAACAAUGCAAAAAGCUGAGAAAAAUUUUAGUAAUACUAUUGAGUACCUCAAAACUGGUAUUCACUUUAAACAACAAUUAAAAUUCGAAGAACAAAGAAGGAAUAAAAAAGAUGGACAAAAAGAUUCUAUGUACAAAAGGUUGUCAGCGCACAUUACAACCUUAGAUUAUCUACCUGAUGAAAUAUCUGAUGUUGUAAGAGAAACAGCCAAUAAAGUUGAAUCGAUGAUGAAUCAUGCGAGACAUUCUAAUUCUAAUGAAUUACAGAGAGCUAAUACGACUAAUAAUUAAUAUUUACACCGACUCAUAAUUCUAUACGUUUUUAUUAUCCCGUAUUAUUUCAAAUAUCAAUUUUAUUGGAAUUUGUUUUUAUUGACAAUCAGCAAUUUUCGGAUCUUUUUUUUCAGCAAGUCGAUUACAAAAAAAAAAUAAUAUAAAUAUGCACAAGUAGAAAAUUAAAAAAACUAUAAGUGCAAUUUUUUAAAAUAUUUUUUUUUUAUGAUUUAUCGAUUUUAAAAAAAUCUAAAAAUUAUCAGACGUCGGCUAAAUUCAGUAUCGUUUAUAAAAUAGCAUGUGCCAGGAUACUUUUAAAAAAUAGUUAUUAAAUUUUUUGUUUCUUAUUUUUUUUUUAUACAUAUAUAUUUAUAUAUACAUGAUUUUUUUUACUAUUACAUGUAAUAAAUUGCAAUGAAUAUUUUGAAUUGUGAUUGAAUUACUUAAUUAUUUUUUUAAAAAUAACUGCAAUAUUAGGUGUUCGAUGGCGCUAGAAUCGAAUCCGUACAUCUAACCUAGACUAAGUCAUUGAUGUAGUUCACAGUGAAAUAGUAAAUUUUAAGUAUGUAAAUUAUUGCGCAAAUAUUUUAUAUUUAUUAAAUAUAGUAUUUAAAAAAUCUUACAAUAAUAGAUAAAAAAAUAAUCAUUAUUCAAUUGGUAAGUUUAUCAAUUUAGUAUGUGUGUAGUUUUGAGAUCAUAUAAUAUUAUGAUGUAUUUACCAGUCAACUGUCGUAAUUUUAUGUAUUCUCAAUUCAACGACCGAGAAUUAAACGAAAAAGAAAAUAACGUUAGUUUAUACACAAGAGUAUAAAAUAAAUAUUUUUUUUUUAAUUUUAAAUUAUUUUUAUUUAUUUUAAAAUAAAAAUUUUUCAUUAAUAAAACGUUUUCGAGAAAUGAUGCAAUUUUAGUCAAAUGCACAUUAUUUAAAAAAUUUUGUUCUUAAGGCUGGAUCGUACUAACAGAUUUUUUUAAUUUCACUUUUCUUCUAAUAUAAUAACCAAUUGUUAUUACAGAGAUUUUCAUAGCUUCUGAAAAAAUCCGUCUGACAAACUUUUUUGGAAAAUUUUUAUCAUUUGAGUGACACAAUUAUUCAAGGCGUAUUUAGAAAAGUAAAAUUCGAAAUUUCUCUUAGUACUGCCGACCCUUAAAAUAACAUAAAUAAUCAAACAUAUUUUAUAUAAUAAUAAAAAUUAUUGAUUUAAACUUGAAUAUAGUUUGUUAUCGAUGUGUUAUUUAAAUUUUCUUAAUCCUAAAAAAUCAUUUGUCUUUUACAAAAAUUGAAUAAUUUUUAUCAUUGAUCUUUUUAAGUUAUUUAGUUUUCCUUUAUUACUUAUUUAAUUUUUUCCGAAUAAAUUAUUUAGAUCUAAACAGAGAUAAUCAGUUCACGUAAAUGUAAUUUUUUUAAAUUUUACAUUUUCAAUGAUCCCUAUAGAAUUAUCUUAAAUCUUCUCAGAAAAAUUUAGAUUUCGAUCUAAAAAUUUAAUAUAAUUUUUUUUUCUUUUAUUAGAUUAAAUUUUUUUUAUAAUCGAAAUUUGAAACUUACACUUCAAAUACAUGCCUUCUUAGUUUACAUUUGCAUAGAUCUAAAGAGGUUUCAUAGAUCUAAAUAACAAAAAGAAAAUGAAAUUGACGUGUCUGCAGAAUACGGGAUUUUGGUCUCCACAGAUCUAAAUUAUUUUUUCGGGUUUUUAAAAAAAACAUGUCAUCUAAAAGAUUAAUGUUGAAAGUUUUUAAAUUAUCCCAAAAAGGAGUAAAAUAAAAUUAAUUGUUUUUUGAAAUAAUUUAUUAAAACAACAAUAAAUUUAUGUCAGUUUUUAUGAAUUUCAAUGGACUUUAAAACAGAAGUAAUUAAUAUGUCUGUGAUAAAAAAAAAAAAAUCUAAAAAUAAUUAAUUUCAAGAUCAAGUUUAUGAACAGUUUAACAUACAAUAAUAAAUAACAAUUCUAUUAAAUAAUUACGGUCACAUGUUGAUCAUUCAAUCUUAAAUCAUACAUUAAAAACUUUGACAGAAAGGGGCCACGGUCAGUAUAACUAAAACGGUCACACUCUUGAUGUAAUUUGCGAAAAGGAAGUUUAAAUUAAGUGAUACUUUAUCGUAUCUUUCACUUUUAUUUUGUAAAUACUUCGUUGAUAUUAUACAGAUAUAUAAUUUAAUAACAUGUUAUUUUAUUUUUACGUGAUAACUAAUUAAUAACAUUUUUGUACUGAUAAAUUAACUUGGAGUAAUUUGAAAAAUUUACUUAGAUUGUGAUUUGACGUCAAUCGUAAGAAUUUAAUCUUAUUAUAAAGUUUUAUUUAUUCAAAUAUUGUAAUUUAAUACUAUCAUAAACGUUAUUAUAAUAAAUUGAUUAAUUUAGUCUUACUAAAUAACGGACAUUUAAUUUUAUUAAUAAAAAACAAGUUGUAUAUUUUUAAUACGUCAGCCAAAUAUAACAUUAAAACAAUAAUCUGCAUGUAUAUAUAUCGGUUGACAGUUACAUUCCUUAUCUUAUUAAAAAUUUUUAUUGGAAUUUUGAGUUCAAAAAUCUCAUAAAAAUUGCAUGAUCAGCUCAAAAGUUAAAAGUUCGGUCACAGCAAAAAAAGAUAACUGAUUUACAGUAUUAUUUAAUUAUUCAAUUUAUAUUGUAUACAUUAAAAUUAAAAUUACUUAAAAGAAUUGGAGAUUUAAGAUUGAGUUAUUUCAAGACUAGAAAAAUUUGCAAAAUAUUUUGACCUUCCCGAAGAGAGAUUUCUCUUCCAUACUAAAGAUUGUGUAUGGUAAAAAAAUUAUAAACGAAAAUUUUUUCCUUUUAAGCUAUUUUCUUAGGUAUAAAUUAAAAUUAGGAAAAAAUCUAAAAUCCUAAAGAAUAUUAGCAUCAUACUGCGAUUUGAAUAGAUGUAUAAAUGGAGUUUCAAGUAUAUUUUUUAAAUAAAUUCAGAUAAAAAAUUCUCAUUAAAAAAUAUUAAUUAUGCUUUUUUCUUGAUAUUAUUUUUAUAAGAAAUCAUUUUUUGUAAAUCGAAUAAAUCGAUAGAUUUUGUUUGUAGAUUAAUUAAUUGAUUUAAUAAUCUAAGUAUCAUAUUUGACCUUUCAUGUCUUAAAAUUACUAAUAAUGUUAAACAGUACAAUAGUCUGCAACAUUUAACUGACUGAUAAAUUGUUAAAAAUUUUUUUCAAACGUACAUAAAUGAUCAAUGGAGUUUAAAGUUGAAAAUUGUUUGAAUGUUGUCAACACUAAAUGCAAAUAGAAUUAUUUAUAUAUAUAUAUAUAUAUAUAUGUAUAUACAUAUAAGUGAGCGGGAGAGUUUCGGAGUACAAGUAAGGAAGAAGUGGCUCUUGUUGCCAGUCGAUUUCUGUUCAUUCGUUCAUAUGGCACGCAUUUAAUCACAAGACUGUGUUGUAUCUUGCCUGCAGACUUAAAUUAUCAUUUUAUUAGUCUUAAAGUUUAAUCGUACAUAAAUAUGUCU